UACUCUUGUCUUUUGCUUCAGAGAGAUUUGCAGUGAAAACGAAGAACAGAUGAAGAAGAACGCAUAAUGAUGGAGUGGGAAGCCCAAGAACUCCAGCAGCAGCCGCAGCAUCACAAUCAGAAUCAGAAUGGGGUUGUUGUUGGAGGAGGGAGUGGAGGGUUGUACGUGAAGGUGAUGACUGAUGAGCAAAUGGAGCUGCUGAGGCGCCAGAUCUCAGUCUACGCCACCAUUUGUGAGCAGCUUGUUGAGAUGCACAAGGCCAUUACUACACAACAGGACCUCGCUGGGAUGAGGCUGGGGAAUAUAUACUGUGAUCCAUUGAUGGCAUCCGCUGGUCACAAGAUCAGUAGCAGGCAGCGGUGGACUCCCACGCCUGUGCAGCUUCAAAUUCUUGAGCGAAUCUUUGAUCAAGGCAAUGGGACUCCAAGCAAGCAGAAGAUUAAAGAGAUAACCACUGAACUGACACAACAUGGCCAAAUUUCUGAAACCAACGUCUACAAUUGGUUCCAGAACAGAAGGGCUCGGUCAAAGAGAAAGCAGUCAGUUCCAUUACCGAAUAAUGCUGAUUCAGAAGUAGAGACAGAUGUCGAAUCUCCAAAAGAGAAGAAGACAAAACCUGAUAAUAUCCAGUCCCAUGAGAACUCAGCUCUGGGGGCCGAAAAUAUAUACUUCCAGAGUCCGGAAAUGGGAAGUGAAAUGCAUUGCUUGGAUACACAGCCUAACAAAGGGGAGCCCAUGUUUCCAUCUGAUCGCAGUUUAAGAUCUUCUGGCAGCUUGGGGCAUUCAUCUUUGUACGAAACCGGGGUUCCAAAUCCAAGAAUGGACCAGUUGAUCGGUAAAGUGGAAGUUCCUGGUAGCUUUAGUCCUUAUCGGCAGGGAGGGGAAGGGUUUGACAUGGUUGGAUGAUCUGCCCACCCUUGAUGUUUGUUCUUGUGCUCACGUACAAGCUUAUCAAACAUAAGGUAACGGGUUAUAUUUACAGUUAAAGAAGACGUUUAGUUAACGAUAUAUUUAUAUGUAUGGACCAACGACAUAGCAGCAUUUACAAGUAUACGACAAGAAGUUAGAAUUUGGCAGAUUUCUUAGGGUUAAGAAUCAGGUACUGGUAGCAUAUAUACUAUAUAAUCCUUACAUUUCUGAUUCCGAUGAACUGGUUUCUUUGAAAUUGAUGAGGUUUUGAAGGUGAGUGAAAUAUAGAAUCCAUUUGAUAUGGUAGUAAAGCUUGCUUGUGGCUUUUUUUUUUUUCGGUGGGGAAAUAUGUUGCUGGUGUCGAGUUUCAGGUUUUUGUGUUUGACUGAACUGAUGUGAUGAGAAAUCAAACCUUGUUCUGCCUUGUAAAUAUCAUUAUUAUUCUUCUAUGGACUGGGAUUGGAUUUGGCUUU